CUGCUCGCUUCUGUCACACUUGACUCCGGCAAAACUCUAGCGAACUGCCAUAACCUUAAUUAAUCAUAUGGUCGCUUAUAGUCUGGACUCAUCGAUGCAGUCUGCUUAGUGCUUAAAAAGAUCAUCAUGCUCAGGCGUUAUUUUUCCAGAGAAACAUGGUGCAAGUUCCGAAAAAGAUCCAUGAAAACCCUCAGUCAAAUAAAAAAUUCCGACAGUGAGAGUAUCGAAUUAUUCCGAGUUAGGAACAUCGGAAUUCUCGCCCACAUCGACGCCGGAAAGACAACGACGACGGAACGCAUGCUGUACUAUUCAGGAACAAUCGUUAACAUGGGUGAAGUUCAUCACGGUAAUACGGUUACGGAUUAUAUGGAGCAAGAACGUGAACGCGGGAUAACAAUAACAUCAGCAGCGGUAACUUUUGAUUGGAAAGAUCACAGGUUUAAUUUGAUCGAUACUCCUGGUCACAUAGAUUUUACAAUGGAAGUAGAGCAGACACUCAGUGUGCUGGAUGGGGCAAUCGUCAUUCUCGAUGGAUCUGCAGGAGUUGAAGCUCAGACAAUGACUGUGUGGCGGCAAGCAGACCGUUAUAAUCUCCCAAGAGUAGUCUAUGUUAACAAGAUGGACAGAUCGGAUGGGGACUUUGAUCACUGCGUGAAAUCCAUUGAAUCCAAAUUUGACGUCGUUGGUCUGCCUGCACAAAUCCCUGUACAAAAUGGUUCUGGUUUAACAGGUAUAAUCGAUGUUUUAACUUUGCAGCUGUUGGAAUUCGAUAAACAAGCAAGUGGCAGAAAAUUUGAGAGGUGCGAUUUGACUGAGAGUAAAAAUGGGGCUCUGUGGGAAAAAGCUAUGAAAGCGCGCAGGCAGCUAACUGAUAAAUUAUCUGAGCUGGAUGACAAGCUGGCUGAAUUUAUUAUAGAGCAAGAAUCCCUCGAUAAUAUAUCUGCCCAAACUUUGGUAGAUGCUAUCAGAAGGAGCACGAUAUCAAGGAAGGGAGUUCCGUUGCUACUAGGAAGCUCUUAUAAAAAUAUAGGAGUACAGCUGCUAAUGGAUGCAGUUAUUCUGUACCUACCUUCACCAGAAACAAAUCCAGUAGCAAAGCAAUACAAAUAUUUUGGUAAUAACUUGGCUGCACGGGCUUUCAAGGUAGUCCAUGACAAGCAGAAAGGAGCAUUGACGUUUGUAAGAAUUUAUUCUGGGUCCUUCAAACAAGGGCAAAAGGUUUAUAAUGUGCAGCAAGAGAAGAUGGAGCAGAGUGGAAAAUUAUAUGCAGCUUAUGCGGACGAGUACAAAGAAGUGGCCUCUGUAAAUUAUGGCAAUAUCGCGGCUGUUUCAGGUUUGAAAACAACUGUAACAGGAGAUUUACUCGCUGCAAAUGCUUCAUCGAUUCAACAGGCAAAAAAAGUCAUGCAGAAGCAAAAUGUGUCUGCCGAACAUUUAGAAAGCUUCUUCGACACAGCCACUAGGAUUCCAAAUCCAGUUUUUUUCUGUGCUAUUGAACCACCAUCCUUAGCGUAUCAAUCAGCAUUAGAUACUGCACUGGAACAGCUUCAAAGGGAGGAUCCAAGUCUGCGUGUAACUCAGGAUGAGGAAACAGGACAGACAGUAUUAGCUGGAAUGGGAGAAUUACAUCUUGAAAUAAUCAGGCAGAGGAUAAAAACUGAGUAUAAAAUAGAAGCAGAUUUAGGUCCGCUACAAAUAGCCUACAAAGAAACUCUGCAGGCCACUGUAAAAGACAAAUAUGAGUCAAAUCACAAAAUCGGGACUACUCAGCACAGUAUAAAUAUGACGUUAUCUUUGGUACCAGAAUAUCAAGGAAAAGAUAUUUUAAAUCUUGAUAGAAGUCCUGACUGCAUAACUAACACUACAUCAUUGAGCAGUAGAAAGUUGCAAGCCAUUACCGAGGGGAUAAAAGUAGCAUUUGCUCACGGCCCAAAACUUAGCUGUCCAGUAAUUGAUGUUGGAGUUACUCUUCACUGGCUAGAAUUCAGUAAAGGGACUUCGGAUACCUUUGUAUCUGCCUCAGUUACUCAAUGCAUACAGAAGCUACUACAAACAGGUGGGACGAUACUUUUAGAGCCAAUAAUGCAAUUGGAAGUUGUAACAUCACAUGCAACUCUCUCACAAGUAAUAUCUGACUUAUCGCGUCGCAGAGCAAAAAUCCAAGAAGUUACUUCUCGCGGUCAGAGCAAGAUUAUCUACGCACAUACACCACUGGCUGAAUUACUCGGCUAUUCCAGGACAUUGCGUACUCUAACUUCGGGUGCUGGAUCCUUCUCGAUAGAGUUUGAUCAUUACCAAGGAAUGAAUUUGCUUGAUGAACGUGCUGCCAUCGAACGGGUUACUGGUUUUUCACCCAACUGAUUAUAUUCAUAAUCUAUAGUCAAUCUCCAAAUUCAAUCGUAGAAAAGAUGAAUGAAUCUGUGCUUCUAAAUAGGUGUGUAUUUCGCAAUGGAGAAAUACUAAGAAGUGGGAAAAAUCUAUUUAAAAUGACUAUAAGUAUAACAGACAAUACUUUAUCUUCUCAAUUCUACCACAAAUGAAGUAUAGAGGUAUAAAUAAAUGAGGUUGUAAUAAUAUUGUAAUAUUAUCACUACGCAAGAUCAUGCAAAACUAGCAGGGAAAGAGUAAAACAUAUACCUUAAUGUGUAUGUAUACGUAUAUGUUGUAUUAAAAUUUCGUAGGCUGUUAUAAAUUACGCAUAAUAUGUACAGAUACAUAAUAUGACAUACCCAGUAAUUUACUACUAAAGUAUUUAUUAUUAUCGUCAUCGUCAUUGUUGUUGUUGUUAUUAUUAUUCAUGGAGAGAUCAAACGUUACACAAAUUUUAUCGAUAAAUUGAUCGAGGCUUUUCUCAUUCGGCGGCUUCUAACAGUGGCUGAUAGUUGUACGAUAAACUUAUCGAUGUGAAUAAAAAUCAUAAUCUCCGUCGAAACAACACGAAGCUGUUCUGGUCAUCGUUAUUGCGACUUCAUGAAUGAUCGACAGAUUGAUUGAUUUUUAUUUUCCCUCCGAAUCGUGAGACCUAUGGCCAGUACGCUAUUGUCUCACCAUGGCGUACAGUGAUUGGCAUUUUAGCGUAUCAUGGUCAGUUUAAAACCACCUACAUUACAUGUAUUUUAUCAUACAUAAUAACGUUUAGAAUAGGGAUGAGCGUUUAUCUAACUGGAGAAAGAAGUCAGAGAAAAAACGAAUUGAUUUUUUGAAAAUCACAUCUCAACUUCACUGCCGCUAUUAUUUCUUAAACCCUGAAAUAACACUUGAGCUAAAACGUACUAUAUUUUCUAUUAUAACUCCAUUAAUCUUUCGUCGCGUCUCUUAUGAAUAUUAUUAUAAAAAUUCAGCAUUUUGCCUUCCAUAAUAACUGUUCAUACCUGUUAUACUUAAAAUGUAUACUAUGUAUGUAAAUACGAUAAUCAAUAUAUACUUAUUUGACGCGUAAUAUUUGUAUCUCUGCGUAUCGAG